GGACGACGGGCAGCGACAAAGGCAGACGAACCGAUCCCAACAACGGAGGGGCAAACCGGAACAAGCCCAUAGCCUCUAAACCACCUGUAUAAAGAUGUGCCUUUGCGAUUCACCGACGACCGUGAUGAUACUAGGAAUUGCCUGCUUGGCACUGGAAGUACAGUUGUCACUGCGAGACUGGUAUUUAGUAGCAUAUAUUGCCUUCUAGUUUGCUUGCUUUCCGUUGGUCUGAUAAUGGCAGCCAGAAAUUCAAGCCGUGCCCUCAUGGAGAAAGUUGUAUUUGGAAUCAAGAUAAAAGUGGUUGGUUUUGUUAUAUCUAUGAUAAUAAUCAUUUAUCUGACAUCAACUAUUGAUGUGGAAGCUUUGAUAGAAGCUGAAGAUAAAGAGCAUGCCAAGAAUGACAAGAAGGCCCGCAUGGGAAACGAUUCAUGGAUCCUGGACCCUGGCCUCAUCCUGCGAGACUCCAUCAACUUGAUCCCGGGCCCCAAGUACCUGCCGGGCCCCAUGUACCUGCCGCUGGCCACAAAAAAGCCGGGCGAGAAGGAUACAGAUGAGGUUGCAGAAAGAAAAGCUCAUGCUGCAGGAGUCAAGUCAGCCCUGAUCACAGGAAACCUAUUCUAUCUCUUCAUCUGGACUGCAUUUGAUGCCUUCGUCAUAUACAGACUGCAAAUAUACGCCGCCACUUUGUAAGCGCGGUAACCUCAACAAGCCUUGCUCAAGAGGGACAUGCUGUCAGCGCUGCUCCAUCUCCUACUUCUACCAAAGACCACAAAUUAGCAUUUUACACACAAAAAAUUCAAGACGAUGUGGUGUCAUUGAUACGUUUGGCUGGGUACUGAGACGGGUGUAUUUUCUUUCCUUCCUGCCAUUUUUUUCAAUAAACGCUGCGAU